CUUAGAUCGUUUUCUCGACACCAUAAAACCUUCGAUAUACGUUACUUAGAGGUACCUACCUACCUGAGGUAUACCGCACGUAGACACAUAGAUACAUUCCACUUUCUACAUUCUACAUUUACAAUGUCUCUCACAAACGCAUCCCCUUCGGAAGCCGCCAAAUCAGCCAAAGAAGCAUCGCAUAUUCUCGCCACACUAUCUGAGUCAGCGAGAAACGAUGCUUUAACAGCUAUCCACGAUAGCUUGACUGCUGCUAAGGAUGAUAUACUUGCCGCAAAUGCUCGUGACCUCCAAGCUGCACGCUUAGCAGCAGAACAUGGCCAGUUAAGUCAAAGUUUGGUAUCGAGGUUAGACCUCGGUAAGAAAGGAAAAUGGGAGGACAUGCUCAAAGGGAUACUAGACGUCCGAGGUCUCGAGGACCCCGUCGGCAAGAUUACCUUAAGAACUAAGCUUGAUGAUGGACUGGAGCUGACAAGAGUCACCUGUCCCAUUGGCGUUUUACUAAUCAUCUUCGAGGCGCGACCUGAGGUUAUUGCCAAUAUCGCUUCCCUUGCGGUAAAAUCAGGCAAUGCCGCUAUCUUGAAAGGUGGUAAAGAGUCGACAGAAUCCUUCGUUGCCAUUUCCAAGGCCAUUUCUGCAGCUCUGGACAAGACCAAAGUCCCUAACGGUGCCAUCCAGCUGGUCACCACAAGAGAUGUUAUACCGCAGCUGCUAGAUCUCGACCAAUACAUCGAUCUUGUAAUCCCUCGGGGCUCCAACGAACUGGUCCGAUAUAUCAAGUCAUCCACCAAGAUUCCAGUCCUCGGUCACGCCGAUGGCUUAUGCUCCAUCUUUCUCGAGCAGUCGGCAGAUCCGAAGAUGGCAGCAGAUGUAAUCGUUGAUUCGAAGACCAGCUAUCCCGCAGCGUGCAACAGCUUGGAAACAUUACUAGUGCAGGAAUCCUCUCUGGACACGCUUCUACCCACAGUAGCCGAGGCCCUGAUUGCUAAAGGCGUCGUCUUACGCUGUGAUACCAAAACCAAAGCAGCACUUUCUAGCAAGCUACCUUCCGACGUCUCUACAAAACUCGAGGAUGCCCAGAGCGCCGACUACGAUACUGAAUUUCUUAGCCUUACGCUUGCAGUCAAGGCGGUUACAGACAUCCAUGAAGCAAUUGCCCAUAUCAACAUCCACGGUUCCAAACAUACCGACGUAAUAUUAACCAGCUCUUCGGAACUCGCCGAGCAGUUCAUGUCAAGCGUAGAUGCGGCAGGCGUGUAUUGGAACGCCUCAACUCGCUUUGCCGACGGUAUGAGGUAUGGUUUCGGGACAGAGGUUGGCAUCAGCACAAAUAAGAUCCACUCUCGGGGCCCCGUAGGCCUGGAAGGCUUGAUGAUCUACAAAUACAAAAUCCGAGGGCAAGGUCAUGUCACAGCAGCCUACGGCGAAGGCGAAGGAAAGAAGAGCUAUAAACAUGAGAAACUUCCCUUGUAGGUUGCUGCGCUCUAGGAGCGACAUAUGUUGAAAUCUAGUGGCGUUUAGGAAGCAUGGUGCGUGGGUAAAAAGUUAUAUAAAAGUCUUUGAAUUGCACUAUGUAGCAAGACCAUAGUGAUUAUAUAAUUCCCAGUCCUCGACUGCCAAGAGUAAGAUUAUAUCUCGGUAGUACUUA